UGUCUCUUCCUCCGUUCGCAUCUCACUUAUGUAGAGACCUCCACUCUGCAAGUGUAUGUUACUGUAUCUCUCUCUCUCUCUCUCUCUAACAGAGUCGGUGGUGACCUUAUUCCUCUCUCACUCUCUCUCUAUGUCAGUCAGUAUUGUUGCCUAUAUCUACAUAUACUACUCUUCUUUCCCUUUUAUCUUCCUUCUCCCGUGACCCAUCUAUCUUCUGUCUCCUUCUCAUUCAUAACUCUUAUAAUUAACACUCAUACAUGAUACAUACUCCUUCAUUGGCCACACCAAUUUCCUCACAGUACUUUCCUCUCCUUUCUCCUCGGGUAACACCAAUUUUGGCCACUUUUCAAUACCCUGAACACCUUAUAUAACAGUAUCCCCUGUUUUUAAAUCCCUUUUCCCCUCAAUUCACACUCUUUGGCUUUUUCCUUCAUUUUAAAUAACAACAAUAAUAAUAUUAAACUAAUUAACUUUUGUUCCUUGUUCCUUUUUGGGUUUAGGGUUUUUCCCCCUUGUACUUUUUCUGUUCUUCCAAAUUCAAUUCACCUACCGCAAAAUUCUACAUGUUCAAUUCUUCUUCUUCUUUUUCCUUUUUUUAAGAAUACCAACAACAAUAACACCGCCAACAAGAAAUAUAAAUGUCUUCGUGUUUGAGUGGAACAGGAGCAAGAUUCGAUUUAGACAUAGUUAAAUCACCACCAUGUUCAUGGAGUAGAACAACAUCAUCACAAACAUCUUCAUCACCUUCAUCAACAAUCUCAGAAUCAAGCAAUUCACCACUUAUUACAAUCUCAACCACUAAACCCAGAACCCCCAGAAAACGACCCAACCAAACCUAUAACGAAGCUGCAACACUUCUUUCAACUGCAUAUCCGAACCUAUUCACUACUCCAAACCUAAAAACAAAUCCAAAUAAUAAAUUCACCAAAUCAGAAAAAACAACAACUCAUGAAUUCGAUUCUUCUGAACUUUUUUUACCUUUCGGAGUAUUUGACACGUCAUCAUCUUUUUUACUUCACGGCCCAAUUCAUCAGCCCAUUAGGCCCAAUUUCCCUUCCGAGCCCAAACCGGUGAAACCGUGUCAGAGUCCCGGAGAAAUUAGUUCAAUGGUCAAAUCCCUAGAAUUGAACGAUGAUGAUGAUGAUUUCGACGCCGAAUCGAUUCUCGAUGAAGAAAUUGAAGAAGGAAUUGAUAGUAUUAUGGGAGGAAGAAUUCAAGAAGAUGAAUCUAAUGUCUCUUCUUUCUCUCAUCAUCAUCCAUGGAUUGGUUUUGGCGGGAAAUUCGAUUUCCGGUUAGGGUUACAGAGAGCUGGAGUCAGAGCUUUGAGACAUGUUGAUGAAGGUAAUUGGUGGAAUUUUCCGGCGGUUGAUAUGCUUAAAAUUUCGCCCAAAAUAUGCAGUGUCGGCAACAAAACGGCGGCGCCGGUGACUGAAAAGAAGAAGAAAAAGAAAGUGGUUGCGGCGGUGGAGAAACCGAAGGAGGAGUUGUUGAAAGAAAUAGUGUUGCCAAAGUCGAAAACCAACAGUUUAUUGUUGAAAUUGAAUUACGACGGCGUUCGGAAAGCUUGGUCUGACCGGGGAACACCGUUCGCCGACGACAGCCCUGUCUCCGAUGCUCCCGGAAACGAUGUCAAUGCACGGUUGUCACAAAUAGAUUUGUUGUGGGAGAAUGGAGGAGGAAGUGGUGGUGUAAGAGAAGCAAGUGUGUUACGCUACAAAGAAAAACGUCGUACACGUCUCUUUUCGAAGAAGAUCAGAUAUCAAGUGAGGAAAGUCAAUGCAGAUCGACGGCCAAGAAUGAAGGGGCGAUUUGUUAGGAGGCUGAAUGGUAGCUCAAAUGAACACAAAAGGUGUUUGUAGUAGCAGUAGAGCACAUGAUUUUUGGGACUUAAUUAAAAAAUAAAGAUACUAAUAAAUAAAAGAGUUUAUCUAUAUUGA